AUGGCUCAUUCCAUUCAGCAGAUAGCUUUUGACAUUGUUGUUGCUGGCUUCCGUGCCAGAGGUCACUCAUACGUACUAUACUCAGACCUCUCACUGUCCGAGAAGGGCGCUGCCGGAUACGGCUAUGCCGUCCACCAACGCGACCACUCUAUUUGUCAAGGCGCAGGACGCCUUGGCCCUGCUGAAGUAUUCGACGCUGAAGCGAAAGGAGCACUUGAAGGCCUGAAGGCCGCGCUGCGACUACCACAAUCCGCCUCUCAGACGAUAGUUGUUUGCCUUGAUAAUAUUGCAGCCGCCAGAUCUCUCCGUGGCCACCCCUCGGACUCUUCACAACGAGUCUUCCCUACCUUCCAAGCCCUGGCAAAGACUCACAGACAGACCGAAGUCCGCUGGGUACCUGGGCACACUAAAAUUGCAGGUAAUGACCAGGCUGACGCGCUGGCGAAAGCAGGCAGCUCCCGGCCUGAACCUGUAGAUGCCGCCCCAACGCUGGCCUUCUUGCGUAGAACCGCUAAACAGCGGUCCAAAGACGUAGUCCAAGUCUGGUGGGAUGUUUCUGCCCCUGACAAGUAUAAGACUCUGACCCUUCAAUUCCCUCGAGGCUGCCCACAGGAGCUAUCUCUCCCACGCACAACCCUCCACCACCUGCUCGCGGCGAGAACCCAUCAUGGCGACUUUGCUGACUAUCAUGAAAGAUUCAACCACAACGACGCACAACUGACAUGUAGCUGUGGUCGACGGAAGGCGCCCACGCACCUCUUCUAUUGCAGGAAGAUCCAACCGCGUCACCGGAUGAGGCUUGCACCCUCACCGAUCGCAGCGAUCAACCGAGCAAUAGGCAGAGACUUUGACAAAUUCGUCAAGCUGGCGAAGGCAAGCUUCUUUCUCGAGAAGAUUUGCCCACGCCACUAG